UCUGUCUUCGCCAUCGAAAGUUCGCGGAACUCACCGGUCAAAAAUAUUGAAAUCGUAAUAAAUGUGAUUGAUCUAUUGGCAAAAAUCAUUAAAAUUCAGCAUGGGAUGUUCGUCAAAUUUGUUUUGGUUCUUUAUUAUUGUUUUAAUCACAAAAGUAUACGCCACAUUGGCCAGUCCAUCACCAGCAAAAAUCGAAGUAUAUAACAAGACUGCGGAAAAAAAUGAAAGUAGCAGAGCCAAAGUGAGCAAUUAUUUUCUGCACGAGCCCUAUGGUCCCAACACUUAUGCCUUUGGCUAUAAGGUUGAUGACCCGCAGACCAAAAACUCCCAGUUCCGCGAGGAAAAACGCUUUGCGAAUGGCAGCAUUCGGGGAAGCUAUGGAUAUGCCAGACCCGAUGGACGCAUAGAGGUGACCAAAUAUCAAGCGGAUGAGGAUGGUGGUUACUCUGCCAAGAUUCAGACUUUCAAAGCAGGAGAUGAUAGGGUGAGAUCUGUUUGGCCCACCGAAAGACCCGAUAUUCUUGUGGAGAGAAGCAAAACGGAUUCACCCACCAAUGUCACCUGGGAUCCCAAGAGUCACCUCAAUGUGAGCGUGUCCAAUGUGGCCGAUCAAGUGGCCCAGCAGCUGAAGGAGCAGCAUGGUCUCGACCUCAACCACAUCGAUGUGACCAAGGAUGUGCUGAAACCAGCGGUGCUCGAUGUGAUCCGGGGCAAGGCCCCAGCCAAGGGUCAGCCAGUUCAGAAUCUAAUCCCCCAGCAAUUUCCCAUAGUUCCCUUUCAACUGCCUGCGGAUCAAGAAACCACCAAGGCCACCAGCACUGCAGAACCCAAGAAAACCGAAAGUUCAAAAUACAACAGGGCCAAAACCAACAAUGCCGAGAAGGCUCCUCAAGUCGAGGAGACGGAGGCGGAUUUACCACCGCCCAGGCCACUGGUCAAUAGGAGUCCAAGCGAUGCAAAUUGGCAACAGCGAGCCAUUGAGGCAAAUCGCCGUGAAUUCCUGCCCAAUUUACCCAAUCUAAGUGAGGCCAGGCGAGAGUAAAUGUUUCACCAGACCAAAGUAAAUGCUUAAGAGUUUUCAACAAUAAAUAUUAAAGAGGGAGGACUGUUACACGAAAGUACACAGAAAAAAAUAUGUUUACAUUUAAAAUU